CUUCUGGUUUUUUCUUAGGGUUUCUCCAAACAACAACAUGGUGAUUGAGAUUGACGAAGAGCUCGACGCAGACCGAAUCUGCUCCACCGAUUACUUCUUCGAUCGAAUUGGAGAACCUGUCCCACUCAAACCUCCUCCCUUCAACUACGAUCUCAAAUCCCUUCCUUCACAACCUCUAGCUCUCUCCGAGUUCCACGGCCUCAUCUUCCUCGCUCUCUCUUCUGGGUUUUGCGUUGCCAGGACUAAGGAUGUUAUAGCUCUCUCACUUGAAAUUAAGGAAAACGGAACUUCUUCUUCUUCUUGUUCUAUACAACAGUCCAGCCUUGUGGAUGUUGCUAUUGGAGAAGUUCGUAUUUUGGCGCUUUCUCAUGAUCAGUCCACUCUUGCAGCUACUGUUGGAGCUGACAUUCAUUUCUUCUCCGUUGAUUUGCUUAUUUCAGAUAAGCUAUCAAAACCAGAUUUUUCUAGCUCGGUGGAUGAGUCAAGCUAUGUCAAAGAUUUUCGGUGGAGAAAGAAAUCUGAGAAUACUUAUCUUUCUCUUUCAAAUACUGGAAGUCUCUAUCGAGGAACUCUUGAUGGUCCCAUUAAACAUGUCAUGGAGGAUGUUGAUGCUGUUGAGUGGAAUGCGAAAGGAAAUUAUAUUGCCUUGGCGAGGAAGGAUAUGCUUAUCAUCUUGUCAUCUAAGUUUAAGGAAAAAUCACACAUGGUACUUCCAUUCAAGUCUUGGAUUGGUGACUCUGACGAGGAUUGCAAUGUGAAAGUGGAUUCUAUCAGGUGGGUUCGUCCGGAUAGCAUCGUAUUAGGAUGCUUUCAACUGGGUGAAGGUGGAAGUGAAGAAAAUUACCUUGUACAAGUUAUUAAAAGCAAAGGAGGGAAAAUUUCUGAUGCCUCCAACAAGUCAGUUGCCAUAUCUUUCUAUGAUUUGUUUUCGGGUGUUGUUGAUGGUAUUCUGCCGUUUGGAAGCGGACCUUAUUUAUUGAUGAGCUAUUUGGAGAAGUGGGAAUUUGCACUAGUUGCUAACAAGAAGAAUACAGAUGAACAUGUAGUGUAUAUUGGUUGGUCACUCGGAGAGGAAAAGAAUGAGGUUGCUAGUGUUGAUAUCCAGCGAGAUAACUUGCUCCCAAGGAUCGAGCUUCAAGAAAAUGGUGAUGAUAAUUUGAUACUGGGACUUUGCACUGAUAAAGUUUCAUGCUAUGGAAAAGUUAAAGUUCAACUUGGAGCCGAGGAACCAAAAGAACUGUCGCCUUAUUGCAUUCUGAUGUGUCUUACACUAGAAGGAAAACUUGUUAUGUAUCAUGUUGCAUGUGCCAAUGAUAAUGAAGCUCAACCUGAGGUUCCCCUUUCCGAUGAAGAAGAGGAUGCUAGUGGAGUAGAACUUGUGGAGGUUGAAAUAUCAAAACAUUCUGUCAGACUGGAAGAAGAACAGUUAGGGAAAGUUCCCGUAAAUCUUCAAUCGAAUGAUGUUAAUAAAAAUGAACUUGAUAAAGAAAAAUAUAGGGAGGUCCUCAACAAAACAAACUUGAAGCCUCCUAAUGUUACUGAAUCGUCAACCACUAUUGCAACAAAUGAAAUAUCCCAGAAAACACCCCAUUCUUUGAUCAAGGGUUUCAGCAUGACAGGGGUAGCAACAUUUUCAAGGCUUGAUUCUAAUGCUGCUCAGACUCCUACUCAGGGGCUUACAGGGUUUUCAUCUAGUGCUGCUCAAACAUCUACUCAGGGAUUCGCAUGGUUUGGAUCUAAUGCUGCUCAAUCAUCUACUCAAGGAUUUGCAGGGCUUGGAUCUAGUGCUGCUCAAUCAUCUACUCAAGGAUUUGCAGGGUUUGGAUCUACUGUUGCUCAAUCGUCUACUCAGGGAUUUGCAGGGCUUGGAUCUAGUGCUGCUCAAUCAUCUACACAGGGAUUUGCAGGGUUUGGAUCUAGUGCUGCUCAAUCAUUUACGCAGGGAUUUGCAGGGUUUGGAUCUAGUGCUGCUCAAUCGUCUACUCAGGGAUUUGCAAGGCUUGGAUCUAGUGCUGCUCAAUUGUCUAUUCAGGGAUUUGCAGGGCUUGGAUCUAGUGCUGCUCAAUCAUCUACUCAGGGAUUUUCAGGGCUCGGGUCUCAUGCUGCUCAAACAUCAACUCAAGCAUUUUCAGCAUUUGGAUCUAGUGCUGCUCCAACAUCAACUCAAGCAUUUCCAGGGUUGGGACCUGGCGGUAAUUCAUUCUCUGGAAAAAUGUCAGCUGACUCUGUUGUCCAGUCAAAUCGUAAGGAAUUACAUACUAGUGUUGAGACAGUCAAGGGGUCACCCGUGAAUGUUGGUUUCACUGGUUUAUCAAGAACUUCAUCUCAAUCAUUUUCAAGUGCUAAAUCCACUUUUCCUAAGGAAACUGAUGCUAGCUCUCUAGUUGUGCCUUCAAGCUAUAACGACAGCAGCGGUGGUUCUGAAAUUGCUGGUUUCAAUUCUAAAAACAGUGAAAUGAACAUUUCUGGAAAACAAGUCCAUUUGAAGGAACCAGUGGGUAAUUCUACUUCACACGGUACUUUUGGUAAGCUGUUCCAGAGUUCAGGACAGAGACCUGUAGCAACCCCUGGUAAUAUUGAGUCAUUACCUUCUAUUCGUGGAUCACAAGAAAAUGCCAUACUUUCUGACUCUGCCAACCAUAAGCAACAUCAGACCAAUGAGAAUUAUAGAAAUCUUCAGCAGUCGGGAAUACUGAAUUCUGAACCAAAUUUUUCAAAACAAUUUGGCAAUAUUAAAGAUAUGACCAAAGAGUUAGAUAUGCUUCUACAAUCUAUAGAGCAACCAGGUGGUUUCAAAGAUGCCUGUACAGUUUCACAUAAGAGUUCAGUUGAAGCACUGGAGCAAGGAAUACAGACUUUGUCUGACAAAUGUAGUUUGUGGAAGAGCAUUAUGGAUGAACGAGUCGGAGAGGUGCAGAAUCUUCUUGAUAAAACAGUACAAGUGUUGGCAAGGAAGGCAUAUAUGGAAGGCAUUGUCAAACAAGCAUCCGAUAGUCAAUAUUGGGACCUUUGGAAUCGUCAAAAAUUGAGUUCUGAACUUGAGCUAAAGCGGUGUCAUAUACUAAAAUUGAAUGAGGAAUUGACUAAUCAGUUGAUUGAACUUGAGAAGCAUUUUAAUAACAUUGAACUAAACAAAUUUGACGAAAAUGGUGGACUUCAUGCGGGCAAGAGAUCUACUCAGAGCAGAUAUGGACCUUCAAGGCAGGUUCAAUCCUACCAUAUUUUACAUAACACAAUGAGCUCACAAUUAGCUGCUGCUGAGAAACUUUCUGAGUGUCUUUCGAAACAAAUGGCAACUCUGAAUAUAGAAUCACCUUCUUCAAAGAAAAAGAAUGUCAAAAAAGAGUUGUUUGAGUCCAUAGGGAUUCCUUAUGAUGCCUCCUUCAGUUCUCCGAGUUCCACAAAAAGAAGCAGUAUCCAUUCAAAUAGUAAAGUCUUACUUUCUGGUUCUACUGCUGCUAAAGUCAAUACAAAUGGAAAAUCAAGCGUCUUGAAAAGUUAUGGACAGGAAACUGCAAGGAGGAGAAGAGACUCUCUGGACCGGAGUUGGGCCAGUUUUGAUCCUCCAAAAGCAACUGUAAAAAGACUGCUUUUGCAAGAGAGCAAGCCAAGUGUGCCUACAGAUAAGCGAACAGUUAACUCUCACACACUGGAGAGAACAGCACUAGCUCGCUCGAGGGAACGCGUCUCUUCAACUUUCUCUCUUUCACAAAACAGAGCUGGAAAUCUAGGUGAACCCAUGAAACAGGCUGAUCAAGAAAGUCCAUUUGGAAGUGAUCGUCCGCAGUUAAAAUUUGCAGUGACAAAGUCUCCUACAUUGCAAAGAAACCAUAUGUCACCAGCGUCUCAGUCGGUUCCUGUAGCAGGCCAACAGUUCAUGAGAGAUUCUAGCAAUAAAACUGCUGAAAAACUAGGUAGUGGCGUGACUAUUAUUGAGAAGUCCGAUGCAGUUUCAGUGAAGGAGAACAAAACUGUACCGAAAUCUGAUACCAAUCUGAAUCCAAAACCAUCAGUGCCUGCAAUGUUCUCCGGUCAGUCACCAGUGUUUGUAAAGAAAACUAGCGAAGAAUUAAAUUCUAGUAAAGAGACCACAUCUAGUUGGAUGACAGACAGUGCAAAGAAUUCUCCAUUCUCUAUUACACCUUUUUCGGGAGUACAGAGUAUACCAAAAGAAGUUGUACAGCCUGAUUCUGCACUGGGCAAAACUCAACCUAGUGAAAAAGUUCUAUCCCCUCCAACCUCCUCGGUAUCGCUUUCAGCUCCAAUGUCUCCCUUGUUUUCAACAUCGUUAGCUCCUUCGUCUUCAUUAUCUCUUACAUCUUCAACCGAUCAAACUUCACCAUUUUCUCUUACAUCUUCAACCGAUCAAACUUCACCAUUUUCCAUUAGCAAAUCGUGGACCAAUUCUAACACCAAAGCAAAUGCAAGUCAAGCUAUCUCAACAUCUUCGACAGUAGCUUUUGCUUCUCCGGUUCAACCUUCGGGUUCUUUUGAGGCUCCCAAGCCACUACCACCCCCAUCUUUAACACCAUCAACCGUAUCCUCGAAUUCUGAGUCUCGCAAGAUAGAAUUGAAGGGUUCUUCAAAAGCUGAUACUGACACUCCUACUCAAGCACCAGCUGUGCAGCAAGGUGAGCCAGACACAAAGCCUAAACCUUCAGUGUCAUCUAGCCAAGUACCAGCCAUCUUGCCUGAUCCUUCCAAGGGUCAAUUCGAUUUGAAUAUUACACCUUUAGCAUCAACCACCCCUAAAGUUGAAACUGCAGCAGUAUCAACCACAGCCACUCCUAAAAUUGAAACUGCAAUGACACCAGCACCAGCAGCAACACCAGCACCAGCAUCUGUGAGCCAACCGAAUUUCAGUAGUGUUGUUAGUCUUGCACCUAAUACGACAUUGAAGAAUGUGGCAGAACAGCCGGCUUCUCUGCCUACUAUGUUCCAAGCACAAACUCCAACGUCUGGGAUUGUCAGCACUGCUAAUGCUAACAAUAAUGAAGAUGACAUGGACGAGGAGGCUCCAGAGUUGAGCAAUGCUGCUCAACUUAGUUUGGGAGGCUUUGGUGGGUUCGGUCUUGGCUCUUCUCCCACUCCCUCUGCUCCUAAACCUAAUAAUCCAUUUGGUGCUUCAUUCGGUAACACAACAACAAACGUUGCAAGUUCUCCUUUCUCCAUGAAUGUUCCUAGUGGAGAGCUUUUUCGCCCUGCCUCAUUUAGCUUUCAAUCUCCACAACCUGCACAAGCAUCUCCGCCUGCUAACUCAGGUGCAUUCUCUGGUGGUGGAUUUGGCAGCGGGACAACUGCUCAACCUCCCGCAAGUGGGUUUGGACAGGCAUCUCAAAUCGGACAAGGGCAGCAAGCAUUGGGAUCAGUUCUUGGCUCUUUCGGGCAGUCAAGACAGAUUAACACUGGCUUACCAGGAGCUAGCUUUGGAUCCCCAAGUGGUCUUGGUGGUGGAUUUGCUGCAGCUGCUGGUUCUUCUGGUGGGUUCUCAAGUGCUGUUAGUGGCGGUGGGUUUGCUAAUAUCUCUCCUGCUGCUGGUGGCUUUGCUAAUUUGGCUUCAAGUGGUAGCGGGUUUUCUAGCUUGGCUUCAGGUGCUAGCGGAGGAUUUGGCAAUGCAGUAGCUUCGGGAGGUGGUGGAUUUGCUGCUGCAGCUUCUGCUGGUAGGGGAUUUGCCCCGGCAGCUACACCAAGUGUUGGUUUUGGAGGAGCACCUCCAAGCGGUGGCGGAUUUGGAGCUUUCGGCAACAAACAAACAAGUGGUUUUUCGGCUUUUGGUAACAAUGCAGCAGCAGCUACUGGAAAACCCCCUGAGCUUUUCACACAAAUGAGAAAAUAAAUUGCUAUUUAAACUCAAUUUUGAGCAUUUCACCCAAAUGAGAAAGUAAAUUGUAGUUAGUUAGCUAGUUCAUAACAAUCAUAUUUAGAUUGAAUUUUGUUUAAUCUAAUAUAUAUAUUAAUAGAGGUGAUUAUUUCUCCCCAA